AUGCAGGAGUGCCGCGACGAGUUUGAGGGCGCCUACGCCAAGGACUUUGCCGAUGCCGAGGAGGCGCGCGUGCUAAUCGCGCUCGGCUACACGCUGCUGGACGUGCGCUCGGCGCUCGAGGUGGAAGCGGCGGGCAAGCCGCGGGCCGCGGUGCACGUGCCAUACCUCAUAAGCACGCGGAGAUACGACGCGGAGCAGGGCAAGGCGGUCGUGACCACGCGCGUGAACGAGGGCUUCCUGUCGGAGGUCGCCCGCCGCUUCCCCGACCGCGAGUCCGCGCGCCUGCUCGUCGCAGACGCGGACGGGCGGCCCGGCAGCGGCGCGCAGGAGGCACUAGAGUUGCUCGAUGACAGCGGAUACGCGUGCCUGGUCGGCCUGGUGGGCGGCAUGCGGCGGUUCAUGCGGGUCUUUGACAUGAAGCUUGCGCGGCGGCCGACGCGGGGCGCUUUCGUGGAGGACCCCUGGUCUGAGGGGUCGAGCCAGGGCAUGUUCGCGGGGGAGAGCUAG